CGUUCUGUCUGUCACCACCGCCUACCUAACUUACCUCGUCCAAAAAAUUCAUCAGAUAUGCUUGAUAGUCCUGAGGCUCCCCGCUGCGAUAUUCUCUUCGAUACUACCAAUGUUCGGGAGAACCUACACCUACACGCAUCUCAACUUCCAACGCCAGCUACACCACUAAACGAUGGAAAACCAAAGCGCCGUAUAUCACAGUCUGACGAGACGCCUACCAAGAAGCCGAGACUCGCAGAUGCAGAGUCUAGCAAUGACGUAUUUGAUGUUGUCGUCAAAAAACGAAGUUGUCGUCGUACAGUGUUUCGAACGUUGGGCCUGACUUCCAAUGGCUAUCCUACUGAACAUCGGGUACUUUUGCCAUCUCGCAACAUUCUUCAGUCAUUUGUGUCCUCACAUACAUCGGAUGUUUUUAAAUGUCAUUCAAGAACAGUCGACUCUUUCGUCACACCCCCUUACGCCUGUGCAUACUCCAAUGAAGCAAAACGCGGUGGCAUACCCCUUCUUGCCGUUGCUACGGAACAAGGGUCUGUCAACAUUCUCGAUACCACCAAACGAACAGAAUGGGACUGUGAACCUGCACGGGUGACCCUCGAGCCCCAUGACAAUGGUAUCUUUGACGUCAAAUGGAAUGCGGACGACACUCUUCUCGCUACGGCAUCUGGAGACAAAAGCACCAGGAUAUCAUCCGUGGAGACCCAACAAUUAACUUCUAUUCUUGAUGGCCAUGCCAGCACUGUAAAAUGCGUUGCGUGGGACCCAGCGCAUCGAGACCUUCUAACUACGGGCGGCAGGGACGGAAUGCUUUGCGUGUAUGACCUGCGUGUCAACAACUUAUCCGAUCAAGAUGAAAUCCCCGCAAGAAGUGCUGUAAUCACAAUCACCGCUGCUCACGGACAGGAUAAAAUUUCUGGAGGCAGACAAAAGAUCCGACCUUUACCCAGAGGCAUCACAAAUAUUCUCUACCCUGAUGACCGACCUCACGGAUUAGUCAGUAGCGGAUCUUUUGAUGGCAUCUUACACUACUGGGACCUUCGCCUUCCUUCGGACAAGUCAUCAAAGCGCAGCCCCAAAAAACCAUCAUACCACCCGCUAUUUUCUUCUACCAUGGACCCAACUACAUUUCAUGGUGCUCGUUGUAGAGGCAUCACAAGCAUAUCUCAGGGAUCAGGUCCCAGUGCAGGCCUCCUCUUUGCUCUCGGCGCCGAUUCUCGUUUGUACAUCUAUUCUUACCCUACCCUAACCCCGCUUCGCACUGAGACCCACCCGAACCUCCAAACGAACUCGUUCUAUGUCCGACUGGCUACUUCUCCGUGUGGACGAUGGCUCGCAAGCGGUAGCACAAGCCGAGCUGGGAGUUUGUUUCUUUUUGACGUCAGCAACGCAGGCAGAAUCGCGCCAUCUUACGGCAGGAGAGCUGAUGAACCAAUUUCCCAAACAGUCCGUUUUCGUGGACAAUCGGGUGAAAUUGGAGCAGUCGACUGGGCAAGUGACAUGAUUGCGAGCUGUGCUGAUGACGGGACAGUACGGAUUUGGAGACCUGAUUUGGAGCGGUAUCAAACCUGUAUUUCCAACCCGGAGGAACAAAAGUGGGAAUGGUUUUGGUCUACUUAAGUUCGCUGAACCAUAUCUCGUUUGUUGCCAUUAAAGAAAUAUUUUCAGGAUUAAGCCUGUGAUGUGGUAUUGAGCCAAACGUUUGAUGGGUGGUGACCUUUUCGUUUGCGAUUACACGCGUCUAAGCAUUGUCCGCUAUGGACUGCAGAGAUUACUAUACAUCUGAACGUGUUGAGGCAGAUUCAGUGAGCGAGGCUGUGUCAUUGGCAGUAAAUUGAUUAACCAUAAUGAUGGAUUCAAUGGAGUAUUGAGAAGUGUAGAGUCUGUGUACC